CCGCAAUCGAUGCGGAGAACCAUCCACCACAAUGAGAGAUCCUUCUCCCUAUAAGAUGUCCCUCGGCUCAGAACCAGGUUGUCCUGGUCUUCAAUUUUGGUUCUUACCAUUUACCACUAAACCACACCCACCAUAACCAUGCACCUCGAAGCAACCCAACAACGCUUCAUCGCCAGCGUGGAAGAUGCCCUCUGCAAGCAUGACCCCGAGCUCCAAGACAUCAACAAGAAGAUCUGGGCCACCCCCGAGCUAGGUUACGCCGAACACCAAGCCCACGACAACAUCUGCGCCCUCUUCGAUACCCUCCAAUGCACAACCCCCGGCUACCGCGUCCAACGUUCUGCCUACGGCCUCUCAACUGCCUUCGAGAUUACCUACACCCACGGUAUAGGGGGACGUGCCGUCGUUUUCAAUGCCGAAUACGACGCUCUCCCAGGCAUCGGCCACGCCUGCGGUCACAACCUCAUCGCGACAAGCUCCAUCGCCGCCUUCAUCGCCACCUGCGAAGCGCUAAAGUCCCAACCCCCAGACCACGGCUAUACUGUCCGACUACUUGGCACACCGGCGGAGGAAUCUGGGGGUGGGAAAGUGCGUCUCCUCGAGAAUGGCGCUUACAAGGACGUUGAUGCGUGCUUGAUGGUGCAUCCUAUCCCCAUGGCACCCGGACACCCCGAGCUGCUGAGCAUGGCGACUGUGCUGCCUGGAGGGUUCCUGGCGAAUGAUAAAGUUACGGUGACGUUUACGGGGAAGCCGGCGCACGCAGCGGCAGCACCAUGGGAGGGAGUUAAUGCCCUGGAUGCAGUUGUGGCCGCGUAUGUGAAUAUCUCGCUGUUGCGGCAGCAGAUUCUACCAACACAGCGGAUCCACGGUGUCAUUGUGAACGGCGGGGAUAGACCGAAUGUGAUUCCGAUGUCAGCGACAGUGGAUUACUACAUUCGGUCACCGACGAAAAAGAGCUUGAAUGCGUUGACGGAGAAGGUGGUCAAUUGCUUUGAGGCGGCUGCCACAGCGACAGGAUGUGGGGUACAGUUCGAGUGGGGCAUCUCAUAUGACGACCUCAAAACCAACAACCCCAUUUGCGAAAGCUAUGUCUCCGUCAUGCGCGCAAUGGGUCACCAUACUCUGCUGAAUAAUGCUGGACAAGCCAGUAAACUCACUGGAGCGUCCACGGAUAUGGGGAACGUGUCUUACGCCGUCCCCGGAUUCCACGGCCUCUUCACCAUCGCGACCGAGGGAGUCAACCAUACGCCUCUCUUCACGAACGGCGCUGGAUCGCCCGAGGCGCAUCAACGCAGUCUGGCCUGCGCGGCGGGGAUGGCUGUCGUGGCGUGUCAAAUUCUGGUUGAUGAGGAAUUUGCGCAGAGAGUGAAGGCAGAUUUUGAGAUCGAGGCAGAUGAAUAAAUAGUAUCAGUAUCCUAUAGUAUACGAUUAUCAAUUCAUGAGUGAAUGCCAU